UUUGUGUGGUUCAUUUUUGGGAUAUUUAGCAAGAAGACCUGAGGGAACGGUUCGGGAACAAACUCCGACAGACAAUCAGAAAUCACACUGACCUUAGGAAUUUUAAAAAAACGAUAUAUGGUGCUGGUGGGACUCGAAUCACUAAGUCCAGAGGCCAGAAAUUACAUGAAGCAGGUGGUUGAAGAGGAACUGUUGAAAAUGCAGGACAAUGAAGAAAAUGAGCUGGAGCUGGAAAUCGAGAAGCCCCACAACAAAAGGAAGAGAGAAAAGACAAGUGAUGAGGAGAGUGGGAUAGAAGACGAAGAUGAAUCCAUGGCAAAGAAAUCCCGUCGUCAGAUAAGUUCAUCGUCAGAAUCUGAGGAUAACGAAGGCCACAAAACAGGAAGUGAGGCGAGUGCAGAGGAAGGAAAAAUUAAAUCUGGAUCUGAGGAUGCAGAGCAAGAGGUUGAAAAAUUACAGCAAAAGAAAAGUGGAAAUCGUAAACGUAGGAGGGAGAGUGAGGACUCACCAGUGGAGGACGUGAGUGAGUCGGGAGAGUCAGAUAGUGAAGGUCCAAAACACACCGGGAUAAAGAGAGAGAAUUCUGCAAAGAACAAGCGAAGCAGCAGCAGUCCAGGAAAGAAAACACAGAGUGGUGAAGAGAAUGAAACCGACACAGAGAGAAAGUCAGAGAGGAGUGACAAAAUCAACGAGUCCUCAAAUGAUGGUGAAAAAGAAGAAAAAGUCCCAGUGAAAAAGGAAACUAACCCAGACUCAGAUUCAUCGUCUCUCACCUCUUUGGAGGAUGACCAGAAUCCUGUGAUGAAAAAAAAUCAAGAUGAUAAGAAAAAGAAGAAAACUGUGAAAAAAGAUGAAAAGACCAUCGUUCAAAAGGAUGACAACAAACAACUUGUGAGGCUCAAGCGCUACAUUUCUCUCUGUGGCGUGAAGCGGAAUUACAAGAAGCUCCUCGAUGGUUGUCGCUCUGUGCGCUCAAUGGUGGCUGUUUUGAAGAAGGAGCUGGAAGAUCUUGGUGUCGAAGGUCAGCCAUCUAUUAAAAAAUGUAAAAGUGUCAAAAAGAAGAGAGAGGAGGCUCAGGAAAUAGCUGAGCUCGAUGUCAGCAACAUCAUUGCCACACAAGGUCGUCCAAAACGCAGAGGAGCCUCAGUGAGGCAGGAAGAACCCGACUAUCUGUCCUCCACGUAUAAGCGCACUCUGAACUCUGCCUCUGAUAGUGAUGACGAAAACAGAACACACAAAGGGCAAAGACGAGCAACAGACUGGGCCAACCUGCAGGGGAUCAUAAGUGAUGAUGCAGACAGUGACUGACAGGGUCGCUGUACAAGUUAGUUUUUGUUCUUUGGGAAUUCAUUUUGUUAUUGUUUUCUAUCAUGGUGGUGCAGUGGUCACCAGUCUCCCAGCAAGAAUGUUAAACCUUUCUGUGUUCUCUUCAUGUUCAUAUAUUUUCAAUUUCUAAUAAAAUAUUUCAAAUAAUAUCA